AUGUCCGAAACAACUGGUGGAAGUGUGAGACUGAUGGUAGGAUCAAUGUCAGUUGGUAGUGCUAAGAAGAAGACAAGCAGUUCAUGCCCAUUCGGAGAAGGAUUUUACAGCAAGAUCACGAAACUUUUGUUGUCUAAAGAACCAACCGCUGUGAAAGAACUGCGAGAAUGUGUAAAAAUGGUGAGCGCAGCAAAACUCACUCCUACUGACGAAUUUUGGGACAGUGGUGAUGAGAUAGCUCCAGUGGACACGCCAUCGUCAUCCUCAGAUCGUCCACGCAUUAUACAUUUGGAUAUGGUGCCAAAUGCCGAGAAGCGGGUUGCGGCAAAAGCAAAAGUUGAUCCACCGCCAGUUCCCGAAAAGAAGAGGAAAGGACCAGUGGUUCUUCCCGGUGCUCGUCGCUCCGAUGACUCCGAUUCGGACGAUGCGAAGACGAAUGAAAAGCCUUGUAAAAAGUGCGGUGAGAAGUCGACAACCAAUGUGAACCCAAUGUUCAUUUGUGAGGGAUGCCGUGCCUCAUACCAUCAGAAGUGCCACAAACCAGAAGUCACUACUCAGCAAUCUGCCGACCCUCGAUUCAUUUUUCUGUGCACAGAUUGCACUGGCAAAGGAGUUGGUUCAACGAAAUCACGAUCCUCCAGUCCGAAACUAUCGGUUAAAGCUGAAACGACGUCACAGAGUCGUAGUAACGCGCCUGCUCCUCGAUCCGGGUCUGACAUCUCAGCUACGUUCGAAGCGUACAAAAAGAAAAAGGAACGCCAGGUGAUGAAAGCGAAGGCCGCUCUGUCAAAAUGA